UUUGUCACUAAUUUGUAUUUCAGAGCAUCCCCAUGUGUUUUCAGCACUGCAGCUCAGCAGAGAAGUCCAGGAGAUGAGUGUGGCCCAGAAGAUCCCCGUGAUGAGCCAAAGCAUCCCCUUUCUGACUGUGCUUCAGACCACAAAGCCAUCAAAUUGGAAGAACAAGUCCGGGAUUUAACUGAGCGAUACCGAAGGGCCCUGGCAGACUCUGAGAACGUCCGGAGGAGGACGCAGAAGUUUGUGGAAGAUGCCAAGCUCUUUGGGAUCCAGAGUUUCUGCAGGGACCUUGUGGAGGUAGCAGAUAUCUUGGAGAAGACUGCUGAGAAUGCUGCAGAAGAAGUGGAGCCGAGUAAUCCAAAUCCAACCCUGCAGAAAAUCUAUGAAGGCCUCUCUCUCAUAGAGGCCAAAUUGCAAAGUGUGUUUGCCAAACAUGGCCUCCAGAAGAUGAACCCUGUUGGUGGCAGAUAUGAUCCAUAUGACCAUGAAAUAGUCUGCCAUGUGCCAGCUGAGGGCAUGCAGCCAGGCACAAUAGCUCUGGUGACUCAGGAUGGCUAUAAACUCCACGGUCGCACUAUCAGACACGCGCUGGUUGGCGUGGCAGUAGAGUCACAGGAAUGACAUGGGUUUACCCCUUGGCAUCUGGGACCUUCCUGAGCUGAGACCCCUCAGCACUCAGUCACAGCUGCAGCUGCAUGUCUUAUUUAUUAAGCUAGGUUUGUAUUGUAUGUUGGCUUCUUUAAAUUGUGUGCAGUCAUUUUGCCUUUAAUUCUAAGGUACUUGUAUAU